AUGACUCUACGGGAGGAGGUGAAAAACCCUAAGUUUUGGCGGGGCAUACUGGCCGAGAUUAUAGGCUCUCUGGUCUUUGUAUCAGUUGUAUUGGGCUCUUCACUAUCAGGGCUCGAGGGUGUCUCUUCUGGACCUUUGUAUCCAGCACUGGCAGCAGGUAUGGCAGCAGUUGGCCUAGGACAUUGCUUUAGAAAGACCAGUGGGGCUCAGGUGAACCCUGCUUUAACAUUGGCCUUAUUGGCUACACGGAAACUGGAUGCUUUAAAGGCCAUGGUCUAUGUGUUUGCCCAGUGUUUAGGAGCCACUGUAGGAGCUGGGAUUCUCUACUUGGUCCUACCCUUAAAAUCCACAGCUAAGAUCUAUGUCAAUAAGGUACCAAUGGAAGGAAAUGCAGGGCAGGCUCUGGGGAUGGAGGUACUUGUCACAUUCCAAUUGGUCUUUACCAUCUUCUCAGUGGAGGCUCAGCGCAAGAGAGAGGAAUGUGAACCUGGCAACCUGGCCAUUGGCUGCUCCCUUAGUGCAGGGAUUUUUACUGCAGGUGGAAUUUCUGGAGGCAGCAUGAACCCUGCGAGAUCUCUUGGACCUGCAAUUAUAGUUGGAUACUGGGAACACCACUGGGUUUAUUGGAUUGGACCAGUGUUGGGUGCUGUGUUAGCUGGUGUGGCUCAUGAAUUCUUUUUCGCUGCAAGUGCCUCAAGGCAGAAGCUGGUGUCCUGUCUCACCUGUAAGGACAUUGAGAUAUUCGAGACAGCCAGUAUGUCCCGUUCAUCUCUGUCAACCAUCACACAGACAGCUGUGAGGACCAAGCAGAGUGACAAACUCGACCACAGCUGAAGUUUCACCAUAUCAUCUAUAUGCUAUAUUUGAUUUAUAUUGUACUGUACUACCUACAUUGAUGUUAAAAAUAUAUUGAAAAAUAAUAAAUUGUUUGCAUGCCACAUGUUGAAGAAGAAUGAUGGUUUUUCAGUAUACAGGUGCAACUCAAAAAAUUUGAAUAUCGUGGAAAAGUAAAAUUUUUUACGUAAUUGAAUUUGAAAAGUGGAACUUUCACAUUUUCUAGAUUCAUUACACAUAAAGUGAAAUAUUUCAAGCCUUUUUUUGUUUUAAUCUUGAUGAUUACAGCUCAUGGAAAUCAAAGAUCCAGUAUAUCAAAAUAUUAGAAUAAAGAAUUAAUAAUACAGAACUGUCGACCUUCUGAAAAGUAUGUUAAUUUAUGCACUCAAUACU